GAGUACACCAAGUACUCAGCCCUGCAUAUGUUUUAAAAAUGUGCAGGUUGAGCAGUGAUGACGGCGGGCGAUGUUGAGCAUAGACGAUGAAGAUCCUUUAAUAGAAUAGUACUCGGAUGCGACGUGUCUCCAUACACAACGUUAUCUGCUCUUGACUCUUCCACUGCAGUGCAAAAGUCGAGUUUGCACUGUUUUUAUCGUGCACUCUGAUAUAUAAUAUGGUGAACUUGUGCACGUUGUUGCGGUUGGAACAGGAAGUGUUUGGGGAGUUAAGCUGUUGAGAAUGCCACCGAGACGUGGACGUGGACUUGGGCGUGGACGUGGGCCCGGACGUGGACGUGGACGCGGAGAGGAGGAUCCCGUGGACCCUCAGAAUGUAGAGGGAGAACAACCACCAUCACCACCACCACCUCCACCCCCGCCUCAACCCAAACAAUACAUUGAUACCUUUUUGAGGCAAAAACCCCCGCAGUUUGAUGGACUGGGAGAGCCGUCUAAGGCAGAGACCUGGAUACGCACCCUCGAGCGCAUAUUUGAUUUUAUGGAGUGCACCGACAAAGAACGCCUCGCAUGUGUGACUUUCCAAUUAACGGGGCCCGCAGAUUUUUGGUGAGAUACCAAGCUAAGGACCAUGAACCCUGAACGCCGUGAAGCGCUUACUUGGGAGAUAUUCAAGGAAAAGGUGUACAAUAAGUACGUUCCCAUGAGCUAUAGGCGAGCAAAGGUAGUUGAAUUCCAUACUUUGAAGCAAGGGAAUAUGACGGUGACAGAGUACGACCGUGCACUGUGUGAAAUGACUCGAUAUGCUCCCGAGUUGGUGGAUACAGAUGAGAAAAUGGCAGAAAAGUUCUGUGCUGGUCUCAAGCACGAAAUAAGAGUAGCAGUGGCAAGUCGCAGAGGACUUUCAUAUUCUGAGAUUUUGGCUUGUGCAUUAGAUGUGGAAGAAGCGUUGCCUAAGGAGAUGACAGUAGCAAAUACUACACCAGUGCCACUUCAACAACAUAAUUUCAGAGAAAAGAGGAAAUGGGAUGGAGAUCGGACUCCAUAUGAUAACAAGAGGCAGCAACUCGUCAGAAACCCACCGCAGUACGGAGGUAGGCAGAGUGCUCCCUAUCAGAGGGGUGACUUUCGGCCUAGAUCCCCCCAGUGUGCUAAGUGCUUUAAGAACCAUUUUGGGGAGUGCAGAGAAAAGAGCAAUAAAUGUUACACUUGUGGUGGAAAUGGCCACUUCUCAAGAGAAUGCCCGAGUAAGAUUAUGGGAAUGGGAGCAGGACAGAACAAUCAAGGGUUCCGUCCGCAAGUGCGGGCACUACAAGCCGAACCGAGGGGAUACUUACCCGCACCACAGCAGCAGCAGCAGCAACGUCGUCAAGGACUUCCCACUCAGGCAAGGGCAUAUGCUUUAAAAGGGAAACAGUCGACGAACCAGCAAGGGAAUCAAGAGCAAGGAAACUUGGCAGAUUGAGCGGCGAUGGACGUGGAGGAUGUUGAGCAGAGUUCAUGGAUUGUUUUGUCAUGAUUAAUAAAUGUUGGAUUUGUCGUGUCUUCAUACUCGGCAUUUUCCUUGUCUUGAACGCUUCCGCUAAGAGUCCUUUUCUUUAGAAUUGUUUAUUCGUGGAGAGUCUAACUCGUUUGAAAAUUGUUUAUUUUCUAUUAUUUAUUUACUUAGAGUUGGUAUUAUUGUUAGGAUAAUAUUAUGACGUUUUCAAAGUUAAUUCAGUUAUUAAACUUUUGGUCAAAUGUGUAUGUUUUUCCCUUUUCUUCCCC